GCGAACAUUUCAUUGGAUUCUUGGAUUUUGAAUACAUUAUGCUUAAUUAUUUAUCAUCACAUCUUGGACGCAUUUUCUUUUAACUGGUGGAGCAAAUAUGCCUACACAAAAUAGGCAAAAAGGUAACAACUCCACAGACAGAGAAAUUAUAUACCUUUUUCAACAGUAUUUCUCCGCGACUCAUCGGAAAGAAAAUAUGUGUACUCCAAGUCCACGUGCGUGAUGAUAUCCCAUGAAACAGUUCGAGAUUACGUUCGUAUUUGGCGCUUUGUAAGGAAGAAAGCGGAAAUCAGAAGACGAGCCUGUACAAUAAGUAAACUUGCUACGUCUGUGAAAAUUAACGAAAACAGCAUGGGUCGCUUAUUGAAGUGCAUAGUUGCUGUCUGCCCUAAUAUGGGUAUCGGAAAGAAUGGGAAUCUGCCUUGGCACCCAACACGACUCAGUAAUGAAUUUAAACAUUUUCAGAAGAUGACAAUGACACCAUCAUCAGAAGGAAGGCAGAAUGUUGUUAUAAUGGGUCGGAAGACUUGGUUUUCUAUCCCUGAGAGAAACAGGCCACUGAAGAACAGAAUUAACAUUGUGCUCAGCAGGGAGCUCCAGGAGCCGCCUCAAGGAGCCCAUUAUGUUGCUGACAGCCUGACUUCUGCACUAAGCCUAUUGGAAUCCUCUGAGCUGUCUACCAAAGUAGAUGAGGUGUGGGUGAUAGGUGGUAGCUCACUUUACAAGGAAGUUAUGGAGACAGCCUCUGAACAUUAUCUUUUUGUUACCAGAAUCCUACAGGAGUUUGAAUGUGACACAUUUCUACCUGACAUUAAGGUGGAUCAGUAUAGACUUCUCCCAGAGUUUCCUGGCAUUUCUGAUGAAAUUCAGGAAGAAAAUGGCAUUAAAUAUAAAUUUGAAGUUUAUAAGCGAAUUGUCCAGUAAUUUUGAAAGCUAAAUAAACAUCUUUUAUCUGGAUAGUUUUGGCUGUGUAUGUUCCAAGGUAGGUUGUGUUUGGCCAAGGUAUUCUUGGUAAAUGAUGGUUUACAUACUACAUUAUUAAAAACAGACCUACAGCUCCUGUGAUACUUACUGUAAAUUGUAUUGUGGAUAUUGAAAAUGUAUAAUAAAAGUUCUAGUCCUGGGGAAA